AUGGAAGAACAAAUUUAUCGCGGAAGUUUUUCUCCUAGCAGCUGUUCUGAUUUCAAACGUGUUUUGUUUCUGCUCACUGCUUCCUCUUGGUCGGGUGAUGAUUCAGGAGAAAAAUCUGUCUGCUUGACAUUUGGUGUUUUUUUCUUUGUUCUGGCGAUUGCCAUUUUGGUAGUCAAUGAAUCUAUGUUGGAGUUCAAUUUGGAUUCAGGUUACGAAAUAUUCUCUGAAGAAGCUGAAUUAUUUUUGAAGAAGCAAGGAUUCACCAACAAAGGUGAAUCCGCUCCAAUAUGGAUUUUCAAACUCGCGCUUGCUGUUAUCUCGGGAAUUAUCGUAGCCUUUCUCGCUUUUCCUGGCAUUAGAAUAUCAAUAUUGUUAUUGGAUUUGAUAGAGCAAUACAAAUCUAACAGGUUGCUUCUUGUCCUUUUUUAUGUAAAUUUCUUCGCUCCUCUUUGUCUUGUUUUAUUGUGGAUCAAACCCUUGGCUCGCGAAUACUUCACGAGCAGAAAUAAUUCAUUUUCAGUAUCGGACUCAAACUUUGAUAACAUUCGCAUUGGAGUCAUCUUACUUUGUUGUCUUAUGCGGUUUUUCUUUACCAAAAUGCAUCUCCAGGCUUUCUUAGACAUCGCCAAAGUUAAAGUGAACAGAAUGAAAAGGGAAGCGGGCAGAACGAAUAGUUCUGCUUUGCAAAAAAAGAUUUUUAGUGAUUUUUGUUAUUUAUCUGUGGCUUCUCUUCAAUAUUUGACUCCAGUUAUCCUUUUGGUCUUUUUGACGAUAUCUUUAAGAACUGCAGGUACUACCGACUGGGAGUCGACCAAUGCUUUAAUGAAACGUCUUCAGAAAUCAAUGCUCGUUUCAAAUGUCACGGUGAACGCUGUUCAAAAUCUACGUCAGGUGAACGUGUCGGAACUUGUCAGAGUUGUAACGUCAUAUUUCACGUGGUGGAUAUGCCUGGCGAUGUUUAUGACGUCUGCUUUUGGUGUUGUCUAUCAUCAGAUUACUAGCUCGAGAUUUUAUGAGUUGAUAGUUGAUGAUGGCGAAGCCUGA